GUGACCUUGGGCUAACCACAGUUCUUCGGAGCGCUCUCAGCCCCACCCACCCCACAGGGUUUUUGUUGUGGGGGGGAAGGGAAAGCACAACAUACGGUCAACGUGAUGUAAGGCAUUGGUCUAAAAUCUGGGCUGAGCUAUGGAAGCUUGCUGGCUGAAUUUGGGGGCAGUGGCUGGUUGACAGCAAAAGCUUAUUUUAAACCAUUAAAAACACAGAUCAGUUUCUUCCGUUCCCGCAGCACAUUCACAAAAAAACACCAAUCGGGAGCAGACCAAGUUUAUUUUCCCCGCCCAGCAGCCUGAUCCUCCCACCUGACUUCCAUUCAAGCUGUCAACAAAAACAACAGCCAAUCAGAACGCAGGACACUGGGCAUGCUCAGACAUGUUUCCAAAGUGCAUGCAGAGGUCCGGCUCGUGCAGAACAAACUGGAGGAUUUCUAACUGUGCUCUUGGGCAGAAGCGGAGCGCCGUGCGUUUGCAGGAACCGGGAUAAAACAACCCAGUUUAUCUAGGUUUUGAAGAUGCCAGAGGGCCCGGAGCUGUUUUUAGCCAGCCGGUACAUCAACGACAUGUGCAGAAGACUCAUCUUCUCGGGGCGCGUGGAGAAAUCGCAGGUGAGCAAGAACUCGGAAGUGCCCUUCGAGAGCGAGGAAUACUCGAUAGCUGCCACGUCGCGAGGCAAAGAGUUGAAGCUGACCUUGGCACCGGUGAAACGGGAGCGUGGCAAAGGGAAGGACCGCAGCUCACAGGGCCGGGAGCCGAUGGAUCUCAUCGUCCGCUUUGGGAUGUCGGGUACCUUCAAGUUGACUUCGGCGGCUGAGAUCCCGAAGCACGCUCACUUGCGCUUUUACACCAAGGAGGACCCACCUCGCGCUCUCUGUUUCGUGGAUGUCCGGCGCUUUGGCAAAUGGGUGGUGGAUGGCUCGUGGCAGCCAGACCGUGGACCGUGUGUGAUGCAGGAGUAUGAGAAGUUCAGGGAGAACGUGCUGAAGAAUCUCUCCAAUAAAGUUUUCAACAGACCUAUCUGUGAGGCCUUGCUGAACCAGAAGUUUUUCAACGGUGUUGGCAACUACCUGCGAGCCGAAAUCCUCCACAGGUUAAAAAUCCCUCCCUUUGAGAAGGCCCGGACUGUUCUGGAGAACCUGCAACAUCAAGAACAGAAGUCCCCCAUGACGCUGAGCAAAAAGCUGAAACUCAAACGGGAGAACCCAGACUUACUGGAGCUUUGCCACAUCGUGCCCAUGGAGGUGACCCGCCUGGGUUAUGAUCCGGAGAGAUCUGUUUAUCCUUUAUCCUUUGAAGGCUGGAUUCAGUGCUACAGCAUGCCUGGUAUGAAAUCCCUGCCCGAUGCCAACGGCAGGACAAUCUGGUUUCAGGGAGAUCCUGGACCGCUGGCCCCGAAAGGGGGAAAGCCGCGCAAAAGAGUUUGGAAAGUAAAAGCUGAACCGGAGGUAUCGAUUCCCAAGGUAAGAAAGUCGGGGGCGGGAAAGAAAUCGAAAACCAGCGCUCCUCUGGAAAAUGCUGAUGGAACACAAGGAGAGAAGAAGAGAAGCAAACUUGACCAAGAAAAUGCAGAGGAUGCUGGGGAAACCGGAUCUAGGAAGCCAAAUGCAAGGGCUCAGAGAAGGAGCUCUGCUUUGCAGGAAUCUCCCAAGGUUGUCUCUGAAGCGGAAUCUCGGAAGAGACGAGCAUCGGCUCGGAAGAACACAGCUUCGGCUGCUGCUGCCCCGAGAUCCCGACGAAUAAAAGCUAAAUAGCUGCCUGCUAAAAACACACACAUCCUUCCGGAAGCUCCGAUCUGGGGGAUUGAAUGCUUUGACUCACUGCCAAUGCAACUUGAUUAGGGCAUCUCUAUCGGUGACGGUUGUGGUAUAUAAAGGGCCUGACUCGAGAACAGCCGCUCUGGGUCCCUGGCUUAGGUCUUGGGGACCAAGGGAAUUUGAAAUAGUUCUAUGCUGAUGAGUUUGGCUAUGAAUCCGUGCCCCGUGGCCAGAAUUCCUAACACGGAACGUGUUAGAAUCUCCAUUGCAAGAUUAAUGUUUACCUGCAACAACUAGCAAGCGAUUGUUAUUGGCCGCAGAUUUGUGCUAAGGCAAAACUGCGUGUAAUUUCUGUGAAGGAACGACAAAGCUCCAUAGUCUUACUGGAAGGAAGUUCGGUUGUUGUUAACAGAGCCGAGAAUCAGCUACUGCCUUCCGUUUAUCCACUCAUCCCAAGAACUAGGUGCCUCCCUUCCUCUGCUCGGGAGUAGCGUUUUUAUAUGAAAUUGGGUGUGAGUUUGAGACCAAAACAGAACGCUUCGUCUUUGGGCUGAGAAUCGGCUCAGGACCGGCCUUCAAACAAGUUCCGGCCUCUCCUCUUCUGUGUGCCUUGGGGAGGGAUUGUUUCUCGUAAUGAAACAAACCACGCACACAAACUGCGGUUCUGCCUGACUGGCAGAAAUACGAGGAAGUCCUCCAUUUCAAAAUGAGCGGGUUCUGACUGACUUUACGUACCCUACGCCUGGGUUUUCACGGUUAUUCCAAUCAAAUUCUUUGCUGCUCGCUUCUCUUUGUGAUUUUUUAAUGAAUAAAGUGCUUUUUUAAUGAAUAAAGUGCUUUGUGAUUUUUUAAUGAAUAAAGUGCUUU